AUGGGCGAAUAUCUUUUUAACAUUGAUCACGGCUAUUUGGAAGGUUUGGUCCGCGGAUUCAAGGAAGGUAUUUUGACACAAACCGAUUAUGCUAAUCUUGUCCAAUGCGAAACUCUUGAGGAUUUAAAACUUCAUAUUCAGUCGACAGAUUACGGAAGUUUUUUGGCCAACGAACCUGGCUCAAUAACAGUUCAGGUUAUUGAUGAGCGAUUGAAAGAAAAGUUGGUAACGGAAUUUACACAUUUUCGAAACAAUGCCCUGGAGCCAUUGUCCACAUUUCUGGAUUAUAUAACCUACUCAUAUAUGAUUGACAACAUCAUUUUGCUGAUUACGGGUACUUUGCAUCAGCGACCGAUUAAUGAACUUAUUUCAAAAUGUCAUCCUCUUGGUUCUUUUGAACAAAUGGAAGCUAUACAUAUCGUUUCAACACCAGCUGAGCUUUAUAAUGCGGUGCUUGUGGACACUCCUCUAGCAGCAUAUUUUGUUGACUGCAUCAAUGAACAGGAUUUGGAUGAAAUGAAUGUGGAAAUAAUACGUAAUACUUUAUAUCGCUCAUAUUUAGAAGACUUCUACAAAUUUUGCAAACAUUUGGGAGGCAAAACAGCGGAAGUUAUGAGUGAAAUUCUCGCGUUCGAGGCGGACCGGCGUGCUAUCAUAAUAACAAUCAACAGUUUUGAUACCGAGUUGUCCAAAGAUGAUCGAGCCAAACUUUACCCACGAUGUGGAAAACUCUAUCCUGAAGGGCUCGCUGGAUUGUCGAAGGCGGAUGAUUAUGAUCAAGUUAAACAAGUUUGUGAAUAUUAUUCAGAUUAUCGUGCGCUUUUUGAGGGAUCUGGUUUACAACCAGGAGAAAAGGCGCUUGAAGACAAGUUCUUAGAAUACGAAGUAAAACUGAACGUUCUGUCAUUUCUGCAUCAGUUCCAUUUCGGUGUAUUCUAUGCAUUCAUUAAGCUUAAAGAGCAAGAAAUGAGAAAUAUCAUUUGGAUCGCAGAAUGCAUAUCUCAGAGGCAUCGAGCUAAGAUUGAUAAUUACAUUCCAAUCUUGUGA